AUGAAAGUUGGUUCAGAAUACCAUACAUAUAUUCAGAAACUUAAAAAUGGCCUUGACCCUUCUCUUUCCCACUCCCAACAGAAACAUGGUCUGAAGGUGUACCUGAGAGAACCCCACGCCUUCACCCCCUUGCUGGAGGAGGGAGUGGGGGGGCGCCCCCCGCGAUCACUGUUGCUGGGGGGGGACAUGGCACAGAACCAGCGAGAGAUAAGCAAGUUUUCUGAAUUGGAUGCCAAGGCCUACCCUGUGUACCAAGCCCACAUGGAUAAUCUGGCGAGCGCCAUAGAACCGCUGCUGGAUGCCAUGCCUGUCAACAUUCCUGGGAUCACAAAGGGGUCACUGAAGAAGAGACUGUCAGCACUGAAGACACUGAGGCCACUGCUGCAGACUGGUCUAAAACUUGGAAAGAACAUCCCUGAAUUCUACGAACUCCUAACAGCGCCUAUAACAAAAAUCCUGGACCGCUGGUUCGAGUCGGAGCCGCUCAAAGCCACACUGGCCACGGACGCUGUGAUUGGCGCCAUGCACAGCCCCAGGGCACCCGGCAGCGGUUACGUGCUCCUGCACCACGUGAUGGGGGAGGUGGAGGGGAAAAAGGGCGCUUGGGGCUAUGUGGAGGGGGGCAUGGGGGGUGUGUCGCAGGCCAUCGCCAGUGCUGCCCGUGCCCAUGGAGCUGCCAUUUUCACUGAGCAGACUGUGGAGCAGGUUCUGGUUGGUCCCGAUGGGUCCGCAAAAGGGGUUGUUCUGAAGGACGGCACCGAGAUCCACAGCAAAGUGGUUCUGUCUAAUGCCACCCCACAUGUCACCUUCAGAGAGCUCACUCCUCAGGACUCGCUGCCAUCAGAAUUCAUUAAAGCCAUCUCUCAGAUUGACUAUGCCUCUCCUGUCACCAAGAUAAAUGUUGCUUUGGACAGUUUGCCCAAUUUCCUGGCUGCCCCCAACACACCAGACGGGAGGCCUGGCCCACACCACCAGUGUUCGAUCCACCUGAAUUGCGAGAGCAUAGAAGUGUUAGAGCAGGCAUACCUCCAGGCCACAAAGGAGCGCCCUUCCACCAGACCCAUGCUGGAGUUGUGCAUCCCGUCUGUGCUGGACCCCACUCUGGCGCCCCCUGGCUGUCACGUGGUGUCUAUCUUCAGUCAGUUCACCCCCUACUGGCUGGAGGGCAGGGCGUGGAGGCCAGAGGACCGGGAUCAAUACGCCGACGUAGUUUUUGACUGGAUUGAGCGCUAUGCCCCUGGCUUCAAGAACUCGGUAGUGGGCAAAGAGGUGCUGACCCCACCUGACCUGGAGAAGAUCUUCGGGCUGACAGGAGGGAAUAUUUUUCACGGAGCAAUGUCACUGGACCAGCUCUAUCUGGCACGGCCCUUGCCAUCCUUCUGUGACUACCGCUCACCCGUCCGAGGGCUGUAUCUGUGUGGGAGCGGAGCCCACCCAGGCGGAGGAGUGAUGGGCUCAGCAGGAUGGAACGCUGCCCUGACAGUCCUGGCUGACCUGCGGAGAGGACGAUCUUAGGCUGGGAGGGAGCUUUAGAUGUAGUCCUGUCAUGCUGCAGCACCACUGUAGAGCUCUGUCCUCUGAUGGACCAUAGAUCAGGGGUCUCCAACCCUGGUCCUGGAGUUCCAGCAGAUUUUGAAGGUCACCAUUCAAUUGCCAGUUUUUAAAUAUAAGAAAAAAAUACAUUCUGAUCAAUUACAUAUAGACAAUUUGCUCAAAUAGCUACAUUUGUUAAAUUAAGGGAUUUAGAGAUCAUUUAGGACUAAAUUCUAAGUACCCUUUAGUCAGAGGUCUCUUAAUUGAACAGAUUUUUAACAAAAUCAACUUUAUUCCACAAUGAAUAUCAGUCUUACACUGAGUAAACACUCUACAGUAACAUGAAAUGUCAAUUAAGUUAAAUAAAAAAGGUAAUCAAUCUGUUUCAAUCCUUUCGCUGUGCAAGUGGAUGCCUGGGCUGGAUUUGCACAAUUAAAGAGUCCCCCCAAGCCCUA